AUGUCAUUCAAAACUACAGCAACCAUUGCCUCCUUCGGCGGCAAAUUGCUAAAACUUACACACGAUGCUAGCACAGUGGGCUGCGAGAUGGCAUUGAAUCUCUAUCUACCACCUAAAGCUUCCGCGGAGAAAAAAGUGCCAGUGAUUUUCUACCUAGCGGGUCUUACUUGUACGGGAGACAAUGGAGCUGAGAAGGGAUUCUUCCAGAGUGCGGCGAGUGAGAAGGGAAUUGCGGUGGUUUAUCCAGAUACUAGUCCGAGAGGUCUCAACAUAGCCGGCGAAAAUGAUUCCUGGGAUUUCGGCACCGGAGCUGGCUUUUACAUCGACGCCACUAAUCCUCCCUACUCCACAAACUACAAAAUGUAUAGCUACAUCACCUCCGAGCUCCCCUCUUCUCUCUUCUCCUCCUUCCCCGAACUCGAUUCUGAGAGGAAAAGCAUUAUGGGUCAUUCGAUGGGUGGUCACGGUGCUCUUACUCUCUUCUUGAAGAACCCGGGAAUGUACAAGAGUGUGAGCGCUUUUGCGCCAAUCUCCAAUCCGGUUAAAUGCCCAUGGGGAGAAAAGGCUUUUAAGGGCUAUUUUGGAGAGGAGAAGAAGGACGAAUGGAAGAAGCAUGAUGCGACGGAGUUAAUCAGUGACUUUAAAGGAGAGUUUCCGGCUUUGAUUGAUGUGGGAACGGGAGACAACUUUUAUAAACAGGGACAGUUGUUACCAGAGAAUUUCGAGGCUGCGGCCAAGAAGUCAGGAAAUGACGGCAAUUUGACGCUUAGAUACCAAGAGGGAUACGAUCACUCAUACUUCUUUAUCUCGACAUUUGGAAGAGAUCACAUUGAACAUGCCGCUAAAUAUUUAUUCGCAUAG